AUGACGUUUGAUCUUCUAAAGAAAGCUGUCACGGAGGAACCAGUCUUAAAGCUACCAGACUACACGAAACCAUUCCAGGUGCAAACGGAUGCGUUAGACUUCGCGAUUGGAGGAGUGUUAUUACAAGAUGACCAUCCAGUGGCCUACGAAAGCCGGAAACUAAAUGAUACAGAACGGAGAUACCCGAUACACAACAAAGAAAUGACAACAAUCAUACAUUGCCUUCGAGUAUGGAGACACUAUUUGCUUGGGAGUCGGUUCGUUAUCCAAACCGACAAUGUGGCGACUAGUUACUUCCAAAAUCAUAAGAAGUUAAGUCCUAAGCAGGCUCGUUGGCAAGAUUUCUUAGCAGAAUUCGAUUAUGUCAUGAACUAUAAGCCGGGGAAAACCAAUGUAAUUGCCGACGCCCUGAGUCGAAAGGCCGAACUAGCAACCCUCACUCGAGUAACAUGCGAUUUUGCUGACCGGAUCAAGGAAGGGCUAAACCACGAUCCGUUAAUGAAGAACUUGAUGGAAAUGGCAAGAGAAGGCAAGACAAGAAAAUUUUGGGUCGAAGACGGAUUAUUAUUCACGGUCGGCAAUCGAAUGUAUGUCCCAAGAUGGAACAGCUUGAGAAGAGAAAUCUUAAAGGAAUGUCAUGAUUCUAAAUGGAUUGGACAUCCAGGUACUCAUCGUACGAAAGCAAUCAUAGAACGAUCCUAUUAUUGGCCCAAUAUGCGAAGUGACAUAGACGCCUAUGUGAGGACCUGCCUUAUUUGUCAACAAGACAAGGUCGAACAGGCCAAACCGGCAGGAUUAUUGGAACCACUACCGAUCUCCGAAAGACCAUGGGAAAGCAUAUCGAUGGAUUUUAUUUCAGCAUUACCGACGUCCGAAGGGUGCGAAUCAAUAAUGGUGAUUGUAGAUCGAUUCUCCAAAUAUGGAAUGUUUAUUCCAGCCCCUCGGGAUUGCACAGCUGAAGAAGUAGGGCGACUAUUCUUCAAGCAUGUCGUGAAGUAUUGGGGACUUCCUCGAAGCAUUAUAAGUGAUAGAGAUCCCCGCUUUACAGGGAAUUGCGAGGAUCAUGUGAAGUGCUAUCGAAUUCGAAGGUCCGGUAAUCACAACAGCACUUUCACUCCCGUAUAUAUCUCCGGCUCCAAAACAAUGGGCGACCCACCCUCACCCCUUCUCUCUGUCAACCCAGAGACCUUUAUCCGCCAUUGGUCAUCGAUCGAGUUUAUUGAGCUUUGA